AUGGACAGAUUAAAUCAACUUGCAGGCCAGUUGUCUCCUUCCUCCAAACAGGCGGUAUUAGAGAAGAACCCAGAUGAUGUGGUUGUAGUGGCUGCUUAUAGAACCGCUUUGACCAAAGGUGGAAAAGGUGGUUUCAAAGAUGUUGGUUCCGACUAUCUUUUGGCACAACUUAUCAAGGGAUUUUUGGCCAAGACCAAAAUUGACGUGAACUUGAUUGAAGACGUGGCCAUUGGUAACGUUUUGAACCGUGCUGCUGGUGCUUCCGAGCACAGAGGUGCUUCGUUGGCUGCUGGAAUUCCCAACAAGGCAGCUUUUGUUGCCAUCAACAGACAAUGUUCUUCAGGUUUGAUGGCUAUUUCCGACAUUGCCAACAAGAUCAAGUGUGGAGAAAUCGACUGUGGUCUCGCUGGAGGUGUGGAGUCCAUGUCCUCCAACUAUGGUGCCGGCGCUCUUCCCAAGGUGGACUCACAUUUGGCUGAAGAGGACGGAAUGGCCAAGUGUAUGAUUCCUAUGGGUAUCACCAACGAAAACGUGGCGGAAAAGUACAGCAUUCCAAGAACAAAGCAGGAUGCGUUCGCUGCUGCCUCGUACCAAAAGGCCGUCAAGGCCGUGGCUGACGGUAAGUUCAAAGACGAGAUCAUUCCUAUCGAGUCGUACAUUGCCGAGGGCGACGAUGACGAAGAUGAGGAUGACAUCAAGUACAAAAAGGUCACCAUCGAUACCGAUGAAGGCCCAAGAAAGGGUGUCACCGCCGAAUCUUUGGCCAAGUUGAGACCCGCUUUCAAGGCUGAUGGUUCCACCCACGCCGGUAACGCUUCGCAGGUCAGUGACGGUGCUGCUGUCGUUCUCUUGAUGAGAAGAUCGUUGGCCGAGGCCAAGGGCUACCCAAUCGAGGCCAAGUACGUCAUGUGUAACUCUGUUGGUGUUCCUCCAGAAAUCAUGGGUGUUGGACCCGCCGUGGCCAUUCCUUCUGUGUUGAAGAAGACCGGAUUGACGGUCAAGGACAUUGAUGUGUUUGAGAUCAACGAGGCUUUCGCCGCUCAAUGUUUGUACUCUGCUGAGUCUCUCAACAUACCACCUGAAAAGUUGAACAUAAACGGUGGUGCCAUCGCCUUGGGUCACCCCUUGGGUUCUACUGGUGCUAGACAAUACGCCACCAUCUUGCGUUUGUUGAAGAAGGGAGAGAUCGGUUUGACCUCCAUGUGUAUCGGUACCGGAAUGGGUGCUGCUUCCAUCUUGGUCAAGGAGUAG